AUGAGUGGUUCGACGAACAGAGUUGCUGCCAAUUUGAACAUGUUGUUCACUAAUUUGCCGCUUAUUCAGAGAUACGGAGCUGCAGCUUCUGCUGGAUUCAAACUCGUCGAAGUGAGUGUUCCGUACUCGGAACCAGCGAAAAAACUUCGUGAAGCAGCGGAUGAAUUCAAUCUGAAACACACUUUAAUAAAUGCUCCACCUGGAAAUUGGAGUGAUGGAUCCAGAGGAUUGGCUUCUUUGAAAUCACAAAAAGAUGAAUUCAGAAUUAGUUUGGAUACGGCGAUCGAGUAUGCAAAGACGCUCGGAUGUAAUCGUGUCCACGUGAUGGCUGGAAUUCCAAAAACCGAUGAUGACGUGGCAAAUGCUUCCAAAACAUACUCUGAGAAUGUGCAUUUCGCAGCUGAAAAAUUGAAAGAACACGAUUUGAUUUGUUUGAUUGAACCUAUUAACAAGUACACUAUUCCGGGAUAUUAUCUGAAUAAUUAUGAUGAAGCAAUGAAUUUGAUCUACUCGGAUAAAUCAAAGAAUCUGAAACUUCAAUAUGAUACAUUUCAUGCUCAACAAAUUAAUGGACAAAUUGGAGCAACUUUGAGAAAAUUGAAAGAGCAUAUUGGAUACAUCCAAGUGGCUCAAGUGCCAAAACGUGGAGCAUGUGAUACACGUGGAGAGAUCGAUUACAACUUCAUAUUCGAAGAGAUAAAAUCAAUCGAUUCGUCAUGGAUUAUUGGAGCAGAAUAUCUGGAUGAGAAGGCUUCGAAAGAAUCAUUUAAUUGGGUUGAGAAUAUGUCUCUUAGCUUCUGA